GUGGAUGUAUGUAUUUUAGUUUCAGUGAGUGGAGAUACAGCAAGGAUCCAUCAGCGAACACCGUCCAAUUGAAAAUAACACUCUUUCUUCUCUUUCUUUCUUUAUGCCCUAAAAAUGUAAAAGCUGCUGAUUAUGAUUCGCAAUAUCCCCCAUUGGACUCAAUUUAUAUACGUCGGUAAUAUUCUAAUUUUUAGUAAAACUUCAAUUCACAUUUCGAUUCUUUAACCCACUUGAUCCUAUUAUAUUCCCACUUCAUGAUCUGCUGUUUUUUCACACUUCUUUGAUAUCUUCACUCAACACCGGUCGUCAAAUCAGAAUCAGUCCCUGUAUUGUAUCUCUCUAUUAAUUGCUCCGGUGCCGGCUCCGUUGAGGUCUGGAGUGAGAUGAGAGUGUGAGCUGCUUUCCAUUAUAAAGUAUAAACACACUCUCUUUUGUAUUUGACAAUAGGAAAGCCCACAGAAAGUCGGUUUUUUGUAUUUUUCUGUUAGGGUUUUGAUCAAUUUUAAUCUUUUAAAUUCAGAAUUCUCUCUCUUCCUCUCUCUUGUGUUUGUUUGUGUCUGUCUGUCUAUAUAGAGAUAAUCACGCAGAGGAGAAGAAGAAUACAAAACAAGCUGAGAGGAGAGAGAGAUUUGAAGGUUUUGUUGUUCAUAGAGGAUGAAGGUGUUGUUUGUCUUCAUUUGCUAAUUCCCUGCUAUUGCUUUGGUCUCUUUCUUUACAAACCCCCCAUCUGUAAGAAUCAGUGCCACAUGGUAAAAUGCUCUUGCCACGAUUUGAAAGCUAUCUCACUAUUAAACUACUCACUGUAUCGUCGUUUUGAUUCCAAUUGCAAUUCCAAUUGAUGAUUCCUACGAAACUCAUGGGUUCUGACAAGGAUUUGAAGGUCUUGGAGAACAGUGCAAUCGUGUUCAAUUUGGCGUUGGUGGUUUUAUCUCUUCUGAUUGUAUUGGUGAGGAAGAUUGCGGUUUAUACUUGGCACAAUAGAGUUACAAAGGAGGAAGCUGAUGAAAUUGGGAGUAGGGUUUCUGCAGUAGAAACUCAAUUUCUCAAUGUCGAAAUCGGUAAAGUUUAUAAAGCAUCAGUUUGUUGUUGCUUUUAUGUUCUCCUUCUACAGGCUGUGGUUUUAUGUUAUGAUGGUGUUUGUUUAAUUGCAAAAUCUGCACAAGGGGAAAAGGGUGUGAGCUUGGAACCUCUGUUCUUGCCCGCAUCACAGUUUUUCGCUUGGUUCGUUUUGAGUUUUUCAACACUUAGUUGUAAGGUUAAGACCCUUGAAAGACUUCCAUUACUUAUCAGGGUAUGGUGGGUUACCUCUUUUAUGAUCAGUUUACUUAGCCUUUAUCUUGAUGGGAAAGAAUUUGCAAUUGAAGGGCUUGAACACUUGAAAAACUCCCAUCUUCUAGCUAAUCUUGCAGCAAGCCCAGCUUUGGGUUUCCUGUUUCUUCUUGGUCUAAGAGGUGCGACUGGCAUACACAUCAUUAGAGGUUCUGGUCUUCAAGAACCAUUGCUGGUUGAAGAAGAUGCAGGGUGUCUGAAAGUGACACCAUAUAGUGAGGCUGGUAUCUUUAGUUUAGCCACAUUAUCAUGGCUAAACAAUCUUCUUUCGAUUGGUGUGAAGAGACCACUCGAGCUUAGAGACAUCCCACUUCUUGCUCCUGAAGAUCGCUCUAAGUUCAAUUACAAGAUCUUGAACAUAAAUUGGGAACGUUUAAAGGCUGAAAAUCAAGCUUCAUUAGCUUGGGCUCUUCUUCGAUCAUUCUGGAAAGAAGCUGCCAAGAACGCGAUUUUUGCAGGGUUAUACACACUUGUCUCAUACGUAGGCCCUUAUAUGAUAUCCGAUUUUGUUGAUUACUUGGGUGGAAUUGAGCAUUACCCUCAUGAAGGGUAUAUCCUUGCUGGUGUGUUCUUUGUAGCAAAACUAAUUGAAACUUUAACCACACGCCAGUGGUACCUUGGUGUUGAUAUUUUGGGAAUGCAUGUGAGAUCAGCUCUCACAGCCAUGGUUUACAGAAAGGGACUCAGGCUUUCAAGUUCAGCUAGGCAAAGUCACACCAGUGGCGAAAUCGUAAAUUACAUGGCUGUUGAUGUACAAAGGGUAGGUGAUUACGCGUGGUAUCUCCAUGACAUAUGGAUGUUACCAUUGCAGAUCAUUCUCGCCCUUGCAAUUCUUUACAAGAGUGUUGGUAUUGCCUGUAUUGCAACCUUAAUCGCCACCAUUUUAUCUAUAGUUAUAACCAUCCCUCUAGCACAAGUCCAAGAGCUUUACCAAGAUAAAUUAAUGGCUGCAAAAGAUGAUAGAAUGAGGAAAACAUCCGAAUGCCUUAGAAACAUGAGGAUUCUGAAAUCACAAGCAUGGGAAGAUAGGUAUAAGGUGAGGCUGGAAGAAAUGCGGAGUGUUGAAUUUAAGUGGCUCAAGAAGGCUUUAUAUUCACAGGCUUUUAUCACUUUCUUUUUCUGGAGUUCACCUAUCUUUGUAGCUGCGGUUACUUUUGGAACUUCAAUCUUGAUUGGUGGACAGCUUACAGCUGGUGGUGUUCUUUCAGCUUUAGCCACAUUCCGGAUUCUUCAAGAACCUCUUAGAAAUUUCCCUGAUUUGGUUUCAAUGAUGGCUCAGACAAAAGUCUCGCUUGAUAGAAUCACAGGGUUUUUACAGGAGGAAGAGUUACAAGAAGAUGCAACAAUUGUAUUGCAACGAGGCAUGUCAAAUGUGGCAAUAGAAAUCAAGGAUGGUGAAUUCCAGUGGGACUCAUCUUCUCCAAGGCCCACAUUGUCUGGUAUUCAGAUGAAAGUGGAGAGAGGGAUGCAUGUGGCGGUUUGUGGCAGUGUUGGGUCUGGGAAAUCAAGCUUUCUUUCUUGUAUUCUUGGUGAAAUCCCAAAAACUUCUGGUGAAGUUAGAAUAUGUGGUUCUGCAGCUUAUGUAUCUCAGUCAGCAUGGAUACAAUCGGGAAAUAUAGAAGAAAAUGUGUUAUUUGGUAAUCCAAUGGAUAAGGCCAAGUACAAGAGGGUACUUCAUGCGUGUUCCUUGAAAAAAGAUUUGGAGCUUUUCUCACAUGGAGAUCAAACCAUCAUUGGUGAUCGAGGUAUAAACUUGAGUGGUGGUCAGAAACAAAGGGUGCAGCUAGCAAGGGCGCUUUAUCAAGAUGCUGACAUUUAUCUACUUGAUGAUCCAUUCAGUGCUGUUGAUGCACACACUGGUUCAGAACUUUUCAAGGAGUACAUACUGACAGCAUUAGCUACUAAAACAGUAGUUUUUGUAACUCACCAAGUUGAAUUUCUGCCAGCUGCUGACUUGAUUCUGGUUCUUAAAGAAGGUCAAAUCAUUCAGGCUGGAAAAUACGAUGAACUUCUGCAAGCAGGAACCGAUUUUAACACAUUGGUUUCAGCUCACCAAGAAGCAAUUGAAGCUAUGGAUAUCUACAAUCACUCAGACGAUGAGUCAGAUGAUAACCAUGGUUUGAUUAAGAACUGUGAGUCAAUUGUAAGCAGCAUAGACACUACAACAAUGGUUCCAAACGAAAGCACAUCCGCUUCAGACAAAAAAGCCAUCAAAGAAAAAAAGAAAGCAAAACGUUCACGGAAAAAACAACUGGUUCAAGAAGAGGAAAGAGAACGAGGGAAAAUCAGCAUGAAAAUUUACCUCUCAUUGCUAGUAACUGGUGGAUGGCUUGGGCUAAUCCCCAAACAGAAGGGGACACAGCUAGGGGCACCCAUGUCAUUCUUUGACUCUACUCCAGCUGGACGUAUACUAAAUCGGGUGUCUGUUGAUCAAAGCGUUGUGGAUCUUGACAUUCCUUUCAGACUUGGUGGAUUUGCAUCAACAACAAUCCAGCUUCUUGGUAUAGUUGGGGUGAUGACUCAGGUGACAUGGCAAGUGUUGCUUCUAAUUGUCCCAAUGGCAAUUGCUUGCUUAUGGAUGCAGAAGUAUUACAUGGCUUCAUCGAGGGAGUUGGUGAGGAUUGUUAGCAUACAGAAAUCUCCAAUUAUUAAUCUUUUUGGAGAAUCGAUUGCUGGAGCAGCCACAAUUCGGGGUUUUGGACAAGAAAAAAGGUUCAUGAAGAGGAAUCUUUAUCUUCUUGAUUGCUUUGCUCGUCCGUUCUUCUGUAGUAUUGCAGCUAUUGAAUGGCUUUGCUUACGCAUGGAGUUGAUUUCAACAUUUGUAUUUGCUUUCUGUCUCGUUUUGUUAGUCAGUUUUCCACGUAAAGCUAUAGAUCCCAGUAUGGCUGGGCUGGCUGUGACUUAUGGGCUUCAACUGAAUGCGCGUUUAUCAAGGUGGAUACUUAGCUUUUGCAAGCUUGAAAACAAGAUUAUUUCCAUUGAAAGGAUUCAUCAAUAUUGCCACAUUCCAAGUGAAGCUCCCCCAAUCAUUGAAGGAAACCGUCCCCCGCCCUCAUGGCCAGUCGAAGGGAAAAUUGAAAUCAUAGAUUUGAAGGUUCGUUACAAGGAGAGUUUGCCAGUGGUACUGCGGGGAGUGACAUGCGAAUUCCCGGGAGGGAAAAAGAUCGGGAUUGUCGGUCGUACGGGAAGCGGUAAAUCAACUUUGAUUCAGGCGCUAUUUCGACUGAUUGAACCAGAAAGCGGGAGAAUUAUUAUCGAUAAUAUUGAUAUUUCCACUAUUGGCCUUCAUGAUCUACGUGGCAGACUUAGUAUCAUACCCCAAGAUCCCACCUUGUUUGAAGGCACCAUUCGGGGUAACCUUGAUCCCCUUGAAGAACACACAGAUCAAGAAGUUUGGGAGGCACUUGAUAAAUCUCAACUUGGAGAUACGGUUCGCGAGAAGGAGCAAAAGCUUGAUGCACCAGUUCUUGAAAAUGGUGAUAAUUGGAGUGUGGGUCAGAGACAGCUUGUGUCACUGGGGAGGGCUUUGCUAAAACAGGCACGGAUCCUGGUGCUUGAUGAAGCAACUGCUUCUGUGGAUUCAGCAACCGAUAAUUUAAUACAGAAGAUCAUCCGGAUGGAAUUCAAAGACUGUACUGUUUGUACAAUUGCUCACCGCAUCCCCACAGUAAUCGAUAGUGAUCUUGUCCUUGUUCUUAGUGAUGGGCAAGUUGCGGAAUUUGAUUCGCCAAUCCGGCUAUUAGAAGAUAAAUCAUCAAUGUUUUAUAAGUUGGUAACAGAAUACUCAUCUAGAUCAAAUGGUAUCCCAGAUUAUUCAUAAUCAUCAUACAAAUGUCAACUUGGAAAGGAAUAUACACACCCCCUUCAAAACAAAUCAAAUGGGGGACCAUGGGACCAUGGCACGUGCACGGGCCCACCUCAAGCAUACGUUCACCAAACUCAAAUCAAUGAGGUAGUACCCACACACGUGCCAAAAUCGUACAUUCUAAAGAGCCGAGUCUAUGAAUCUUGUGAGUGAUUCACAUGUUGUUGACAUAAUUUUGUAAAAUAAAUAAACCUGGACUAGAAACAAAAGUUGGGAUUUUUUUGGUAAUAAUAAUUAGUGAAAAGAAGCAUUCGGCA